AUGGCCACCCAUCAUGGGGUGUGGCAUAAGACGACUGUAGAAGCUGCAAGAGAACAGCAGCAAACCUACCAGACGGCGAAUCUAGCCGGGCUCAAGAGGGCCAGCGACGGCACGUGGAAACAGCCAGCUGGCGGCGCUACCCCAUCAUUGAGAACCUCAUCUCAUUUUGAGCGAGCUUCAUCGCUGUCAAAAGAACCUAGUAGGCUGACGGCAAGUACCAUCAGGGUGGUGGACGGUGCUAGCUGGAGUGAACCUGGCGACUACACGCAGCGCCAGGCUAUCAGUGCGACGCCAACCUCCACCGUCGAUCCUCUCCUUUCUCUUUCUCACCGGCUUUACGGCUUGCCUCCUGUUCUUGUGCAUAACCUUGCUUCUCUCGGUAUCAAGACGAUCUACCCCUGGCAGAAACAAUGUCUCCUCGGCCCUGGGCUCCUCCAAGGAGACAAGAACCUUGUCUACAGUGCUCCAACCGGAGGUGGCAAGUCCCUUGUCGCCGACAUCCUUAUGCUCAAGGGGGUUCUUGCUGAUAGAGGUGCCAAAGCGUUGCUCGUUCUGCCUUAUGUUGCCCUCGUCCAGGAGAAGGUACGGUGGCUUCGCAACGUGGUCCAAGGUAUCUCCCUGGCUGCAAUCCACGGCCAAAGUGGCGAGUCCGAAAACAAGUUGUGGCGCAAACGGGCAGAUGAGGAUACUAUCCGUGUCGUGGGCUUCUUCGGCGGCAGUAAAAUCAGGUCGACCUGGCAAGACUUUGACAUUGGAGUUUGCACCAUAGAGAAGGCCAACUCGCUAGUGAACACUGCAAUAGAAGACUGUUCGAUCUCGAGCCUCAAGACGGUCGUCCUCGACGAGCUGCAUAUGGUUGACGAUGAUCACCGGGGCUAUCUCCUUGAGCUCAUGGCCACAAAGCUUCUCUGUCUGGAUCAAGCCGUGCAGAUCGUCGGCAUGAGCGCGACCCUGACCAACAUCAACCUCCUUGCUCGGUGGCUCCACGCGCACUCCUACGAGACGCACUACCGGCCUAUCCCCAUAGAAGAGCACCUUGCCUAUGAUGGGAAAAUCUACGCUGCUGCGACUGCGAGAAAGUUGAGCAGACUGGCCCCAUCGACACAGUCAAAGGACAAGACGACCAUUCAAGUCGAUGCGGAUCCUUUGAGGCUGAUAGACCGAUCAGAUCACAAGGAACUCCAAGAAUCUGUUGUCAAUGCGGUGGUCGCGCUUGCCAACGAAACAGUGCGCGCCGGCUUUGGCGCUCUUGUAUUCUCCAGCAGCCGGGCUAUGUGCGAGUCCGACGCCUUGCUGAUCAGCCGUGUGCUGCCCAGCCAGGAUGAACUCGACCCGCUCACUCUGGACAGGAGGCUGGACCUGUUAGGAGACCUUCGUAGCCUGAACACCGGGCUAGAUGCGAACUUGGAAAAGACGAUCCCGUACGGCGUCGCUUUCCACCAUGCAGGCAUGACCACCGAGGAGCGAGAUCUGGUGGCAAACGCCUACGACGCCGGCGUCCUAAAGGUGUGUGUUGCCACGUGCAGCCUGGCAGCCGGCAUCAACCUCCCUGCAAGACGUGUCAUCCUCCACAGCGCCCGCAUGGGACGUGACCUCGUCGGCCCUUCCAUGCUCCGGCAGAUGCGCGGCCGGGCAGGGAGGAAGGGCAAGGACGAAGUGGGCGAGACAUACCUGUGCUGCCGUCCAGGAGAUCUGGACGGAGUCGUCGAGCUCAUACACUCUGAUCUGCCGGAGAUCUCGAGCUGCCUCUCGACCGAUCAACGAAAAAUCCAAAGAGCUGUCCUGGAGAUCAUAGCGAUCCGGCUGGCAACAAGCCACGAGUCCCUCAAUGACUACAUCAUCAAAACGUUGCUGUACCAGACAGCAGACCGCUCCGAGCUUCGAACCAUGAUUGCAGAGAGUCUCGAUGAAUUGCAACGCUUGGGAUUCAUCACCAGGGAUGAAGACGCGGCUACCUUCCAAGCCACCCAGCUGGGACAUGCCAUCGUCGCCUCUGCGCUAGAUCCAGAAGAUGGCGUGUUCAUCCACAAGGAACUCCGGAGGGCCCUCAAGGCCUUUGUGAUGGACGGAGAGCUCCACGUCCUUUACACUUUUACACCAGUCAACGACACGUCGGUCAACAUCAACUGGCGCAUCUUCUGGAACGAGAUGGAGAACCUAGACGAGAGCGGGCUACGGGUCCUGAGUUUCGUCGGCCUGAAGCCGUCUGUGAUCAGCAGGAUGGUACAUGGGGGCACCUUCAAGGAGUCGACCCCGGAGGAGAAGGAGGUCGCUCGCAUCUAUCGCCGCUUCUACCUGGCGCUGCAACUGCGCGACCUCUGCAACGAGAUGCCGAUCCAUCGAGUCGCAAAGAAGUACGACGUUCCCCGGGGAGCGGUGCAGAAUCUCGCCCAGACCUGCCAAGGCUUCGCCGCCGGCAUGAUCAAGUUCUGCCAGCAGAUGGGAUGGGGCGCCAUGGCGGCCACCCUCGACCAUUUCUCGGACCGCCUGAAGGCCGGCGCCAAGGACGAUCUACUGGCGCUGGCCAAGAUCACGUUCAUCAAGAGCCGGACUGCGCGUGUCUUCUGGGACAAUGGCUUCAAGACGGUCGCGGCGGUGGCCAACGCGGACCCCCAGGAGCUCGUGCCGAUCCUGAUGCAGGCGCAGCCCAACAAACUACGGCUGCAGUCAAAGGACGAGACCAAGUAUGCGGAGAAGCUGCUCGCCAAGGCCCAGGUCAUCACCGACUCGGCAAACAGGCUUUGGCAGAUCGAGAUGCAACUCGAGAUCGAGGAGGAGUGA